UUUGCUUGCCAUGAAACUGCCAGAAAAUGUAUAGCCUCUGUUAAUGGAAUGGUUGGAGCUAUAGUUGAGCAAUUACUUAUUGAUGAUGUACCUUGCCUCUGUGAAGCCUGCAGGGUGUUAAGCUUGUGCCUGCAAGGAGGUGAAGGUCUUAUUUGGGCAGUAGCAUUGCAGCCGGAGCAUAUCCUUUCUCGUAUCCUCUGGAUUGCUGAAAAUGCCCUGAAUCCACAGCUUAUCGAAAGGAGUGUAGGUUUAUUGUUGGCUAUUUUGGAGAGUCUACAGGAAGUAGCAACUAUUCUUGUUCCUCCUUUGUUGAAAUUGGGCCUUUCAAGUCUUCUGAUUAAACUCUUGGCUUUCGAAAUGACCAAAUUAAAGGAAGAUAGGACGCCUGAGAGGUACAGUGUGCUGGAUCUGAUUCUACGGACAAUUGAAGAGCUCUCGACUAUGGAUAACUGUUCAGAAGAAAUAUGUGAAAAUAAAGAGCUGUUACAAUUAGCACGAGAGCUGAUCGAUCUUCCUGAUAAAUUCGAGGUUGCUAGUUCUUGUGUGACUGCUGCAGUGUUGAUAGCAAAUAUCCUUACUGAUGCGACCCACUUCGCUUCUGACUUAUCACAAGAUUUGAACUUCUUGAAGGGUCUGUUUGAUGUGUUCCCCUUUGCUUCUGAGGACACCGAAGCUCAGACUGCGAUUUGGAGCAUUAUUUCGAGAAUAUUGACAGUACUUCAAGAAAGGGAGAUGACUCCAGCAAUAUUGAACUUUCUCGUUUCAAUUCUUGCAAGCAAAUUGAAGAUGAACUCCUCGCCCACCCAUCCGAUCAUGAAGAACAAAGUACCUCUGAUACUCCUGGCGCUAAAACUGAAGCCUGACUUGUUUCUAUGAAAAGAACCUUCGAUAUUUUGACGUAUUGGAAAUCAUCCGAUGAUAGCAUAAAGAACACCUCUUUUGAUGAAGGCUGCUGCAUUAAUGAAGAAGAUGUUGAUAAAGUGUUGGAUCUCUGUCGCAAAGCUUCCAGGUGUGAGAUAAACUGCUCUGUUUCCUAUCACUCACCUGUGGGGCAUCUGACCUCCAUGUUUAGAUAGGUUUACUACCAGCCUAUAGUUGGCAAUCUGGAUUCUAGAAUGAGGAUCUGGACGAACUUGACCUAGAUGUGGCUCUCUCAUCAAGAAAGAACUCAAAAUGUAGUGCUGUGAAAACUCUAUUCUAGAGUUGAUCUUGGAUUUCAAACUUGGCUCCAAAUGUGAUUCUUUUCUGCAUCUGUGAUAAAAAUUGA